AUGCUUCUCAGAAAGUUCAUCGCCAUACUUUCUUUCUUCGCGCCGCGUGUGGUGUCUACGAAGAAGCCUGAAUACCAACACUUGCCGCCGCUCAGAGAGCAGGCCAAGAUACAAGAUAGCUGGCGGCAGGAAAGAUUGGAUAGUGUGCCUGCGUUGUUGGAGAAGCAUGGCGUAGAUGCUUGGCUUCUUUCUCAGAAAGAGUACGCCGAAGACACCGCAUUCUGGUCCAUGAAACAAGCCGUCCAGUUCUCCGCACGCCGUCGAACCACAUACAUCUUCUUCGCCGAGCACCUGGUCGAAUCCAAGAACUGCACUUUCCAAUCCUGGAUCGACAUUACUCCGGCCGUCUGGACAGAGCUGGAGCACGUCCUUGAAGCAUGCAACCCAAAAUCGAUUGUCGUUGAUACUGAUCCGCAGAUUGCAUUCGCUUCAGGAUUGCAUGCUGGUGAGAGAGAUUUGAUUGUUGGGCAAUUGGGGCCUUAUUGGGCGGAUAAGUUGGUCAACAAGCCGAUUGUGCCGGUGGAGUAUAUUGGGACGAUGCCAAAGUCGAGGUUGGGGUGGUAUAGGAAGAUUAUGGAGACGGCGUGGGCGAUCAUUGAUGAGGGGUUUAGUGAGAAGGUCAUUACGCCGGGGAAGACGACGACGGAGGAUGUCGAGUGGUGGAUGCGUGACAAGAUCCAGGCGUUGAACUAUACCACUUGGUUUCAACCUGCUGUCUCGAUUCUCGGACCGCAGACUGUCAUUGGGCCACCCAAUACUCCUGGAGCGAGGCCAAUUGCCUAUGGUGACCUGCUUCACGUCGAUUUCGGCGUUACUGCUAUGGGCCUGAACACGGAUACGCAGCAUCUGGCCUAUGUCCUCCCGCCGGGCGACAAAGAGAAGGACAUCCCUCAAGGCAUUAUCGAUGGCUUAAAGGCCGGCAAUCGCCUGCAAGACCUGACCAGAGCAAACAUGAAGAUCGGCCUGUCCGGUAACGAGAUCCUCAAGAAUAUUCUGGACAAUGUCCAUGCCGAAGGUCUCGAAGGCCAGAUCUACUCUCACCCGAUCGGAGACUGGGGCCACGCUGCAGGCACGCUGAUUGGGAUGGCGUUUCUUCAAGACGGAGUUACUGUUCUGGGUGACUUGCCGCUGUUGAAGAACAUGUGGUAUAGUGUGGAACUGUAUGCAGAGCAUUAUGUGCCUGAAAAGAAUGCAACACUGAACUUCUUCUUGGAGGAGGAUGUUUAUUGGCAUGAUGAGAAGGAGAGUUGGGAGUGGGUUUAUGGGAGGCAGGAGAGGUUUCAUUUGAUCAAGCCGAAGGAGAAGAAAGGGCUUUUCAGAAUCCAGGGAUGA